AUGAAUGACACUUCAGCAUUGCAGAAAGCUGAACUACAGGAACAGUCCUCUGGCACUGGCCAUUCUUUGGUACCAUCACGGCAGCCAUAUAUGAGUGAACCUUUUUCCUCAAGACGUGUGUGCUUCUAUAAAAGUGGAGAUCCCCAGUUUAGUGGUUUGCCUGUCGUCAUCAACAACCGCACAUUCAAGACCUUUGAGGCGCUGUUAGACAGCCUGUCCAAGCGUGUUCCACUGCCAUUUGGAGUCCGCACUAUUACAACACCACGUGGCCAGACAGCAGUCCGUUCUCUUGAUCAGCUUCACCAUGGCCAUUCAUACAUCUGCUCAGAUAAACGCACCGUCAAGCCCAUUGACUUGGAGCAAGCACGGCGCAAACCACCACCAUGGUACCAUACCAGGCCUGUCAGCAGGAAGCCCCUGAGAAAAAGGCAGAGUCCUGGUCCACGCAAGACAAGACGGAAUGAGCAUGCUGCUCUACUGCACACCCCAAAGCGGCUGGUAGUUUUCCGCAAUGGAGAUCCGGAAGUGAAGCAUACCCUUCUGCUUCAGAAGAGGACCACACAUUCUUUCGAGGCACUACUUGAUCAUAUAUCUGAGGUCAUGUGCUUCCCUGUGCGCAGGUUGCACACACCGGAUGGAAGGAGGGUGGACGGACUCCCUGCUCUGAUCUUGUGUUCAGGUGUGUUGGUCGCUGCUGGCCGUGAGCCUUUCAGAAAAGGAAACUAUGAUGUUCAAAAGCCCUUUGCUCCAACCUGGCUGCCAGCAAAAAGUGUAGGGAGGUUGCAUCCUGUCACCAGAAAAAAGAAAUCCAUGACCAGCAGCAUCAAAUCUCGGCCUUUCUCACCAUCUUCAGAGCGUUACCUUGUAAAUCAGUUACACAACAGUUUUGCAGAAAGUGCAUAUGACCCCACUGGUUCUGUGGAAAUGGAUACUGGUCAGCUACUGGGAUCUAUCGCAGAGACAGAUACAGCCACCUGUAUGGAUGGUGACACUAAUGAAUGCAUCUGCAUGCCCACUGAUGAUGACAUUGAAAAAUCUUUUCGAGUCAAUCAAGAUGGCAGCAUGACUGUACAGAUGAAGGUGCGCUUGACUAUUAAAGAGGAGGAAACUGUUCAUUGGACGACGACACUCAGUCGGCAAAGUGUUACAAGUCAAAUGAAAUCUGGCUUGAAUUCACAUUCUGAUCAGGGUGCAGCUUUAGCUCACAAUAUUUCCCCUGAUGUUGACCUUGAUGCCUCAGCAACCCAAAGGUGCCCUAAAGAAUAUAGCAGUGUCUCUACGAAUGAAUGUUUUCCACUGCAUGAAGAAAUGAUGGAAUGUAGGGCAGAGGAAGGCAUCAGAAUAAAAGAGCCCUUGCAGCCGCUUCCAGAACAGAAACAAAUAUCUGAAUUGGUUGAAACCAAGAGCCAAGAUAUUACGCAAAGACCGGACCCCUCUAGGGAAGCAGCAAACAAUGAGAAGGAGCAAUGCAUACUAAGGAAGUGCAAUAAACACCCAGUACCUAAACCUCGUAGCACAGGCUCCUUACAAUUGCAGGCUAGUUCAGAUAAAUCUGCAGACAAUCGGCAACUACAGGAUAGUGGGCAGAAGACAGUUCUUCACAUCUAUGAGCAGCAAGCUUGUCAGAAGAGCUUCCUUGCCAAUACACAAUUCUAUGAUCAGGGGAUGUGUACAUGUGAUACUGUAUUUUAUCCAUCCCCUGACACUGUUCCCUCUUCUACUAAAGUCUUGGAGUCUGAGCCCAGAUCUGCCACAGUUUAUGGGUCUCUCCAAAGACAGGAAACAUUCUUCCCCUCAUUGGAGUUCCAGACAUCAUGUGAAAAAAAUAACCUUCCAGAGAUCAAAAACAAAAAGUCAAAAAUGCAUACUCCUCCAGCUGAAUCUUCUAAAACAUCAGCUUCUAGAAUGAAUUCAACAGUAGACACUAGCGAGAAAAGAAAAAGAGUAAGAGUUAUUGUGAAAAAGAGUCAUAUUUUCCAUAUUGCCACUCGUGAAUAUAGGAGAAAAGAUAACAAAACUGACAUUCUGAAAGAGAUCAAGAAAAUAAGAUCUGCUAUCUUUAACCAGGCUGGAGUUAUGAGAGGUAUGAAUGAACAGCACAGAGCCAAAUCUGUUGAGAAAUUAUUAAAAGGUAAAAGAAUCAAUCUACCCAUUAGUCAUGAAAGUGUUUCUUCCACAUUACACAAGACUUUUCAGAUGCAAAUCCAAAGUCCAAAUGAAUUAUCUGCUAAACAACACUUUAGCAAUGACAAGAAACCUGCCAAAGCAGACAUACACCAGCAGAAACUAAGUGAAGGCUUUACCUCACAGAAUAAACUUUUACUUAAUGUAUCAACCAAUAAAUGUACCCUAACACGGCAAACAUCAAUGCAAGAAGAGCAAGAGACACAAGAGCUUAAAGAAAGCACCUCCCUUCCUGUUCUGCAUUACACUUCCUCAGUCUUAAAGGAAAAUGUAAAAGUCUGGUUACAGAAGAGUGAAGCAGAACCACCUCCUGACCAGGAACAGGUGCCACCAUCCAAUUCUUCUCAGGAGUUGGAGAUAAUUUAUGAAAACACAGAUGAGCCCAUGGAUAAUGCACUUGGACAUGCAAACAACCACGUGAAACCAACAUCUCUUACUAGAGAUCCUUCUUCAGAAAAGACACUAUCCAGCCAACACUCAAUAGAACAAAUACCAAAAAAUAACACUUUGUCCAAAGCAUCACUAUUCAGCAAUCAAAGCCUGGAGAAAACAGCCCUUUCUAAGAAGACAACAUUUUACAAAAAGCCAAAACCUGGACUUUCAGGUAUGAUCAAGGGAUCUAAAUCUACAAAGGGAUUGAUGGGCUCAUGUGAAAAUGAUAAACAUACAUCUUUAAGUCCACUAUCAGAGAAAGAAAUGGAAGUUUUCCCAGCAGAAAAAUCAUACACAGUCAAAAUGGCAGUAAGACCUGAUAUGAGGCAUGUUCUAGAUGAGCUCUGCCAUUCCAUUAAUUCACUCCGUGAAGCAACACAGCACAAACAGCGGUCCUGUUUGGAGAAAUCCAAUAGUAUGCCAGAUUUUUCUGCACACUUGGCCUCUACUUUUGGUUCUUCAUCACGAGUGCUCCUAGCAUUCCUUUCAGUCAUGACUUUGAGAGAUGGUCUGAAGAACUUGAAUGCACUCCACCAAGCUGAGAACAGCCUGAGUUGCUCGGAGGCUUUGCUUAUGCUUCAGUCUCUUAAGGAGAUGGCAGUUAUUGAGAAUGCAGAGCAGCUGAGAGCCAACUUAAGUGCUCUGCAGAAAUCGGCAUCGAAUCAGUUGCUGCAGAGCUGGAAAGGUUUCCAACAACUGAGCAAUAUGUCCAUGAGUUCCAGUGUUACACCAGAGUGUACUAGGGAUAGGUCUUACAGUGGUUCAAGCUCUGAGGAGGAAGAAAUUCAAGGGUUCAUGGAACAACUAGGUGUUCCAGACAGAGUUAGAGACGAGUUGGCUGCUUUCCAAACCCAAGAAAAGGAGAGAGUCAGAGGUAAUCCAGUUGAGAGAUCAGAAGAGCUGUUUGAGUCACGCCCAGAGAAAAAGGUAAAUAGCUAUACACAAUCAGGAUUAAUGGAGGAAAAAGUCAAGUUCCCUGAUGAUGUGCUUGAAGAUGUAAACACGUAUGUUAAAUUUGUCAUUGAAAAAGCAGUUUAUGCACAUAGCAAUUCAGAGGUCUUUAUGCCACAUUCAUUGCUUGGUACUGAAAAAGAAAUCAAAGUGGUAACUCAUGAACAGGAAAGUAAUUCCUGUCCCAUGGAGAGAAUACAACAGGCUGACUACAUACUAAACACUAACAUCUGUGAAAAAAUCUUGGAAGAAAAGCAACAAAGAACUGAGGAGAAAGAUAUAAAACAUAAUGGGAAACAGGAAAUAUAUGCAAAUCAGGAAGUAAAUAUGAAAGAGAUCAAAGACGGGGCAGCGUGUGAACAGAGUGAAGUGACACAAGGUGGAAUUUUAUCUAAGGAUAACAGAGUAGAGGAAGAUUGUAUUAUGGAGACUGAUACUAAAUAUUUUCAGGAACUAGAUAGCAAUAAAGAAAUGGAGGAAGUGAAAGACCUGAGGAAUGCAAGUGAAAUGGAUAAUGGUAGAAUUACUGAAGUGUACCCCAAAUUAUCAGAGUCAAGUCAGAGUAAAGAAGGCCUCACCAGCUCUGAAGAGGAGAAAUCCAGCUUUGAAGAUAGCUGUGGUGAAGAACAUAUGAACUUUUCUGAAGAUCAGGUCAGUGAUAAAGAAGAAAAUCUUCAAAUAAAUCCAGUAAAUGGUUUACAAAAGAAAUAUUCCAUGAUUGAGUCCCAAGCAAAAUGGCAAAGUGAAGGACUGGUGAGUCAAGCAUGCAUGCAGUUAGACAGUAAAACAGAGUGUGUGAAGAAGAACACUGGAUAUCCUGAAAUGCAAACUACUUCGCUAGCUGUUUGUCUGGAACAUGAGACCAGACAUCAAACAGAGAAGAUUUAUUCUGAGAAGAAGCAGGUUGUCAUGGAGGACCCAGAAUGCUACACAGUUCGUCAAGAAAAUAUUCAUAAUCAAAAGGAACACAAGCUUAAAGAAGCUGCAGUGUGUGAAAAAAGGACAGUACAGGCUAAAAAGAAGAGUAUUUCAGUAGCAAAAUUCGUCAGUAACCUGGAAACAUGUACACAAAGGCCUAGCAGUAAACCGGAGAAGUCAAUGCACAGAUUUGUGCAUCACACUGAAGUAUCAGACCCAGAUAACUUAAAUAAUGUUUCUUUAACAGACAAACUCAUAGACACAACCUCAGAAGUCCACUCAUCUUCAUUAGCAUUUAGCUAUGAUUCCCAAAGCAGCUCUUUACCACAAGAGCCAGAAAGAAGCAUUCAGGCUAACAGAGUGAAGUUCAUCAGGGAUAUGUUUCUUGCUAAGAGCCAAACUAGAACCCAGAACGGGCAGAGACAACUACAUAGUCAGAAUUCUGAUCUAUCGGAUUCCCAGCCAGAAUCCACAGACAGUGGGGGAAACUGGUCACAAGAGACAUCCAGUGGGGAGGAUGACACAAGCCGGUUAGCCAUUGCCAAGGGUUUUGUCAGGAAAACCAUUGAAAGGCUCUAUGGAAGAGGAAAUUCAAGUAGUAUAGGUGCAGAUAAUAUGAGAUCCCCAUCUGCCUUGAAGGCCAAGCAAAGAGAAGGUCCUGGAAGAACCAAUGUAUCUAGUCUGGCAUCCUACCAUGAAGCUCGCACUCGAGUGACUGACGUAUCAUACUUCAGUGCCACAAACGCAUCUGAUAUCCUUAAUGCUCCAACUGCUUGCAUCACACUGAAUGAACAGGAAGGAUCUGAAGAUGCUAAUCGUAUUGAGAAAGGGCACUGGUUACUUGCCGAGAACCACAUUCGUGAAUCCUCUCCAGAACUCCAGGAAGGACACAGAAAAGAGAAAAACAACAAAACCGCAUCAGUUGAGCCUGAGCAACAUUCUGGGCAAGAAGAUUCUUUUCAUGGGAUUCUGCCUUCCAGUACGCUUGAGAAGUGGCCUGGGUCAUCAAGGUCAAAGUUUACUUAUUUCAACCUUCCAAAUGCAAGUGACUCUGAUCUGGAGCCAGAAGAAAAAAGGGAGGUUCAAGUGGCCUCUGAAACACAGGUACAAAAAACCAUGGCUGAGAGAAACAGCCUUCUACCUACCAUCAGUCCAUCAGUCUUAAAGAAAGGAGAUAAUAAGGUGCACCCACUGACAGAAGCUACAACACCUACUGUGGUUACCCAGCCAGUCAAAGGACAGAGUGCACAAACAGGGGUCAUCAAGCAAUCGGCAGAACCUGAUGCUCUGGAGAUGCUGUUUGUAUUUUGUGGGCAACACUGCCCCAUACUGUAA